ACUAAUGGUCAAGCUGAAGUAUCUAACAGAGAAAUCAAGCGAAUAUUAGAGAAAACAGUUGCUAUGUCAAGAAAGGAUUGGUCACAUAAACUUGAUGAUGCUCGCUGGGCAUACAGGACUACAAUGAAGACGUCUAUGGGUUUAUCACCUUAUCAGCUUGUCUAUGGGAAAGCAUGUCAUUUACCAGUGGAGAUGGAGCAUAAAGCCUUAUGGGCGCUUAAAUUUAUGAAUUUUGUUCUUUCUAAAACUCAAAAUAAGCGUAGAAGGAAAAUGUUGGAACUUGAAGAGAUGCGGUUGCAUGCAGAAACUACAAAGAAAAG